AUGGAGCCAAAGAAAUUUGCCUCCGUGUUGGAGGACGACGUUUUGUCCCUCUCGGGCCGCGAUGGCGUCUCCCUCCCGCUCUUUCGGCCACAGUCCCCCACUCCGUCUGGUCGCUUCACCCUCCGUCGAAGCAUUCAGUCCAACCGCUCGUCCUUCUCUGCAGCCUCCUCCCACUGCUCUGCUUCUCUAGACCCCGCCGCCCUCAUGUCUUGUGUAACCCGCGAGACGUCCAAGGACGACUGCGGAACCGAUCGCUUCGUCGUCUGGGCCGCCGUCAAGCGGAACACCUCUGACCGCAUGACCGACCGCGAGCGGCUCGAGUGUCCGCUCCUCCGCUGCACCCUCCGCUUCCCGGAUCAUGAGUCCAUGCUUCGCCAUCUGGUCAGCUGUGAGCACCUCUCGUCCUGCGAGUACUGGUGCUACGAUCACAUGCGCAUCGAGCGCUUUGACGACAGCCGCUGCAGAAAGUGCCUCGGCCAUGCUUCCAAGCGGCGUAAGAUGUUGUCCAUGGCCAAACACUUCUUCACCGCCAUCGGCCACACCAAGGGAAAAAGCAUAGCUGGCGAUCCUUUUCCCUCGUCGCCAUCUUUUCUGUCGACAUCCGUAUCGGACUUUGGCUGCGACUGCAUAAGUAGAAAUGGCAGCAGCCACCACAGCCACAGUCACCGUGAUGACGACCGCAGCAGGCGCAACAGCAGCUGCCACCGCGCCGGUGGUCCGUCUGCUACUUCUGCAACCUCGACCUCUUCAUCGUCAUCGUCCGCCUCCUAUCCGCCUUCAUUUUCAUUCUUUGGCCCUCCGCCGCCGGACUGCGAGGCCAUCAACGGAAACAACCAUGCGGAGCUACCUACUACCAGCGAGCUUCCCGUGGAGAUCGACUCCAGAGAGCUUGCCCAGAUCCCGCGGCAGUUUCUCUUCGAGCCCAUCCCUGUUGGGCCAACGGCAGCUGGCUCUCCAGAUCCUGUAUCUGUCAGUCCUGUUGCUUCGUUGCCCGCAGUCGAGACCCAACCAAGCUCUAUCAAUCCCCAGGAUCUGCUACUUCCAGAGCUUGAGUCUAUGAACUGGGAAUCGAAUGAGGUUGCGAUGCCGUCUAUAUCUGCCGUUAUUGACAACUCUGGCAUCUCGGCCUCUUUCCCGUCUUUUUUGGACGUACAGGAAAGCAACGAAAUGCCGUAUUCCGAUGACGUUGCUGGCGGCUCACGGCCCCUCCUCCAGCUCCAUAUACAACAAAGCCACGAUGGCAUAUUGGGCCAACUGUCUUGUGGAGCACAGCCGCCGUCUCAGCGGGCGGUGCGUCCGUCUGCAGCCCCGGCGCCGCGCAGUAAGAAUUUGUCACCGAGCUCCUCGGUUCGGUCGACAACGAGCACAACAAGCACCACGAGCGCCUUGAGCGCCAUGAGCGACAUGAGCGCCGCAAGCUACUCGUCCGCCGCAACGACGGUGAGCCUCAUUAGUAAUGUAGGCUCUCUUGUCUCACCCAUCUCCGACUGCAGCUACGGCUCCAACCAGUGGCCGACUGACCUGGAGACCGGUCAAACGUCGCCAAUGUCCAACUUCAACGACUUGUUUUCCGACGACCUGUUUGCUGGUGCCGAAGAGACAAUUAGCACAGACGUCUGUGAAGAGUUGAGCCUCUUGACGGAUGACUCGUUUCUGCUCGACGUGGAUAUCGGGGCCGAGACGGAGUUGCCUAAAAGCUCUGGCUCAGCUCCUCUACUGUUCGACUUUGAAGCCCCAUUGCCAUCAGCAAGGCCACAAGCAGGACCAACUGAGCCCUGUAUCACGGCCACUUCUUCAACCAAUGUUGAGGCCAAUACGAGCACAGGAAUUUCCGAGAUCGAAGCAUUUGUGGCUACCGCAUGGUAUCUACUGCUGACGCACAUCACAACAUCGGCCACUAAGCUCCGAAGAAUGGGCAUGAGCAACAGGCUAGCCACCCUCCUGCGGCAGACGUCACCCGUAGAUAUUGCCAAAACCGGCAUGCAGACUUUGCGGACGGCCCUGAUCUCUGGAGACGAAAACACGACCCCCUUCGCCACCCUCUGCUUCCUUCAUGCCAUUUACGCUUUUUCGCUUAUCACGUACGGGCCAGAGGCAGCAUCACGUUCAGACGAGCUCUUUACCCAAGCGCUUGUAUAUUCUCGAAACUUUACCGGCCCAGAUCGCGACAGUUACCUGCAGAUUAUCACUGUGAUCUGGCAGCCUAGCAACACGUCGUUAGCCGUGCUGGCCCAACACAUCCAGUCGCCCUUAUUUGACCUGGGGAAAAACGCCUCUGCGCCUAGCAGUGGAUUGGCUAUUGACAACCCUGUUAUUGCCACUGCCAAGGCAUACCUGGAUGAUUUGGAGGCUUCUGUGAUCAUGGGUCCUACCUCUCCGUCGGAAGUUCAUACCUCAUCUCUGCUAGAGAAACACACGAAACACCUGGGUGCAGAGAACUCGGCAGACUUCAUUUCCUCUGCGAGCGCAGUUCUGAAAACGCUUAUCCGGGAAUUUCCCAGAGUUGACGGCAGGACGCGUGACUUCAAUGAGAUUGGCCGACGGGUGGCAACCGGUUCACUAAGAAGUGUCCGGAAGUUUGAAUUGGGGCUGUACCAGGCAGGAAAGGCUUCUCUUGGCUGCUCUGCCACAUUCUUUGACCUGUUUGUCCCUCGGCUUAGACGCCUUUGUGACCAUAUCUACGCCAUCCAUACGUCUGCGGGCAACCAGCGUCUGGCAUAUUACGAAGCAAGCACAUUACUGGUACUGACAAUUUUCGAAGAGAUGGACAAUGGCCUGGGGCGAAACGGCCUGCCAGCAGACGAACGCUUAUACGGAACGUUGUCCCCGAUUGCCAUGGCCAAGGUCGGCGACAAAACGCAACUGCUGCUCCCUUUCACAGGUCUCUCGGAAAAUAAUAUUUCCCUUCUCAGCACGACGCAGCCCUACACAGCGGCUGUAGCCGGAAGUCCGACACCGUCAACGAUGGAAGUGGAGUUUUCAGGAGCAGAAGAGGCACCGUCGGCAGAGACGCCUGCCGGCCAGAAAGUUGAAGUCGAAUCCGACGCUUGCUGUCAGAUAUGCAGCUAUCGACCCAAGGGUGAUCCGCAGUGGUUUCGCGGGUCCAUGAACAAGCACAUGAAGACGAAGCAUUCGGGGGAGGUGAUUUAUAAAUGUCCCUAUCCCAACUGCAACAGCCAGUAUCGCAAUCGGCUAGACAAUCUGCAACAGCACCAGAGGGAGAAGAACCAUUUUGUUGGUAGUGAGCAGGUAGUAAAGAAGGCCCGACGCCAGAGUCAGACGGAACAGACAGACAGCAUCAGCGAGCAGGGAUCGAGUGAUGGGACGGGCGCGACGAGACGGCCAAGCAAGAGGAAGAAGUUGUCAGACUGA